AUGUGGAUCCCUUUAAAAACUCCUAAACUUGGAGUUGCUGUAUACAAUUGGAAAGGAGAUGUUAAAUCAGGCUUACCCUUAGAAAUUGGAGAGACUGUACAAAUCCUGGAAGAAAAUGGAGGAUGGUUCAGAGGAUUUAGCACCAAAAACAGAUCAGCAUGGGGCAUAUUUCCAUGCUGCGUGGUGACUAUUAGACCAUGUACCAUCAAAGGUUCUGGCUUAUCAGCUGUGGCAGAGUUAAAAGAUGACCCAUUGGUUCGAGAAAUUGCCUGUGUGCUUAGGGAAUGGGCUCGACUCUGGAAAAAGCUUUAUGUUGAACGGGAAACAUACAGGUUCAGUGCUGUAGCGAAAGUGAUGCGGGAAUUGCUAAGUGGCCGACGGGCGUUACUUACUGGUACGUUAACCCAAGAUCAGACGAGGGCAUUACGGCUUAAACUCGUCGCUAAACUCGAUUGGGGGAAUCGGUAA